AUGCCGACCAACGACACCAUCAAGAUCUUCAGCGGCACCUCGCACCCGCAACUGGCGCAGCUCAUCGCCAGGCGCCUCGGAUCUACCCUCGGCAGCUCGAGCAUCGUCACCCUCCCCUCUGGCGAGCUCUCCGUCACCUUCCACGAGUCGGUCCGCGAGGCCGAUGUCUACAUUGUCGCGACCGCGAGUGGUGACGAGACGAGCACCAACGGCGCAUUGAUGGAGCUCUGCAUCAUGGCGCACACGCUCCGGAUAGCCUCGGCUCGCCGCAUCACCGCCGUCGUGCCGCACUUCCCCUACGCGCGGCAAGACAAGAAGGACAAGUCGCGCGCGCCGAUUACGGCAAAGCUCAUCGCCAACAUGCUCGUGCGCGGUGCCGGCAUCGACCACGUCAUUACCAUGGACCUGCACGCGAGCCAGAUCCAGGGCUUCUUCGACAUCCCGCUGUACGCCGAGCCGACCAUGCUGCAGUACCUGCGCGACACGAUGGGCAAGGAGAUCAAGAACGCCGUCAUCGUCUCGCCUGAUGCGGGAGGAGCCAAGCGCGCGUCGUCGAUGGCGGCCUCGCUCGACCUCGAUUUCGCCCUGUUCCACAAGGAGCGCAAAAAGGCCAACGAGAUUGCGCGCAUGGUGCUCGUCGGCAACGUCGAGGGCAAGACGGCGAUCCUGAUCGACGACAUGGCCGACACGUGCGGCACGCUCGUCAUGGCGGCCAAGCACCUGCUCGCCGGCGGCGCAAAGCAGGUCUACGCCCUCGUCACGCACGGCAUCCUCAGCGGCAAGGCCCUCGACAACCUCGCCGGGUCCGUCAUCACCAAGCUGUUUGUCACCAACUCGAUCCCGCAGGACCGCCACAAGGCCCAGUGCAAGAUCCUGCGCGUGCUCGACGUGUCGCACGUCCUCGCCGAGGCUGUCCGUCGCAGCCACUACGGCGAGUCCGUCUCGGCCCUCUUUACCUCGGUCCCGUACGAGGCCAUCCAGGACCUCGAGUACCCAGUGUCGCCCGUCCCGCGAGCGGCCAUCCCGUCGCACAUCCUCGGCCAGCUCGAGCCGCAGACGCCGAUCAAGGGGCAGCACUGA